AUGAAUAAAGAAUGGGGAAGUGACCAAGGCUACUCCACUAUGAAGACACCUACAUGUUUGUUACUCAAUCCAGACCAGAGUUUCAAUUCGUUUGACUAUGAAGCCAAAGAUAAAUUUGCUGAUUUGGAGGAAGAGGAAGCUCGUCAAUAUUUUUACUUUGAUUGCUUUAAAAUGAUUCUUCAUAACAAUGAGGUGAGAGAAAAAUUCUUUUUUUUUUUUUUUUUCAAAUAUAUGAAACUUCCUUAUUUAGAAGAAAUAUUGGUAAAUCUUCGAAGGAUUUUAUGUUAAUAAACAUUAGUCGAUUCUGGUAUGGAAGAAAGAAGCUGUGUUAUUCUGAUAAAUGUUGGCAAUUUGUUUAUUAACUUUGAAGGAGAUCAGGGUAAAGCCAAGCUAUUAUAUCAAAGCUUAGGUCAAUUUAAAGGUUAUUUGGUUUUCCUCAAAAUUUGGUGCUUUUCAAGUUUUGUACUUUUUUCAGAAAUGUUAAUAAACAGAUACUUCUAAUAUUUUUUAAUGGUUAUUAAUUCCGAACUGAAUGAGAGCGCAGAAACUUACUGCAAACAUAAAACUAAUAAACUUUUGAAACAAACGUGGUUUUUGUCCUUACAGAGCUUGAAUAUGAACACCACUGUAGAGGCAGCGAAUGGUAGGCACAUGAGGGCCUUGGAUGUUUUUAAAUAUUCCAUAAAAUAUCUUUACACACGGGCACUAGAGGUGAUUAAGGAGAGAACUGGUGACGAAGACUUCGGAGGAAAUGAUGUGCAAUGGGUCUUGACCGUCCCAGCAAUAUGGAAACCAGCGGCGAAACAAUUCAUGAGAGAGGCUGCUUAUCAAGUGAGCUGUCAUGAUAUACACAUUUCAAACAUCAACAAAUUCGUGUAAUGAUCAGUAUUAUUGACUAACUUUCAAAUUGCCAACGCAAAGAAGGGUAAAGCUGUUGCUUUGAAGAAUGCAAAUUCUUGCACCAUACGAGAAGAAAAUGGUGAAACAUUACUGAACCAGUCUGCUUGGUUAGGGCUCGCUCUACGAAGUCGCAAAAGCGCAACAAGGAAAAACUGGGCUAAAAUACUUCUUUCCUACAUCCAUUUUCUGCAAUAAGUCUUUGUAACAUCAUCUUCAUUGACUAUCCUGACAUCCAGUGCUUGUACUUUUAUCUUAGGCAGGGCUGGCACAUCCCUCCAACCCAGAGCAGAUACUGAUCGCUUUGGAGCCAGAGGCGGCCUCCGUCUACUGUAGAGAGCAAAAGGUGAGAGAGUUUGUUUCUGAGAGUGGUAGCAACGACGCCUCAGUUGAGGACACCAUCGCCCGACCAGAAACACAGUACAUGGUAAUUGACAUUGGAGGUAAAUUCAAUUUUUCUAGUAGCAAAUUGUUCCAUUGGAAACUCUUGACUUGAACAAAAACAUCUGGACCUUGUGCGGUUAAAUGCUUUAUUUUAGUUUUUUUACUUUUUUCCAUUUACCGCCGCCAGAAAUAGUCAGCACAUUUAAAGCUAGACACCUCAUUUUUUAAGUGAUCAAUUUUCUAUCAUUUUCAUGAAAUGUUUUCUGUUAUAACAAAUGUGCAGGGCCCAGUUAUAUAAGGGUCGGAUAAUGCUAUUAAACGGAUAAAUUGCUAUCCAGUGGAUAAGUGAUAGCAAAACGUAUCGCGUUAUCCACCGUAUAGAGUUUAAUCUAGUGGAUGGCGUUAUCCAACUUUCGAACAACCGGAGCCAGAACGUUAUUCUAAAAUAUCUUGACUCUUGUAUUCAUGUAGGCGGAACUCUUGAUGUGACUGUUCAUGAACUUAUGGAAAACGGUGCAAUCCGAGAGCUUUAUAAAGCCACAGGAGGUACGUUUGGAGGACAGAAUGUCAACAGACAGUUCAGGAUCCUUCUUGAACAAAUUUUCACCAAAUCCUUCCUUGAUAAUUAUGCCUGUCACAAUCCGGUGGAUUGGCUCUGUCUCAUGAAUGAUUUCGAAGUAAAGAAACGCGGAAAACGUAUCUGUGAAGGGGGGACAACACGAAUCCGGUUGCCUGGUAGUUUCUUGAGUAAAUUUCUCAGCCAGAGAGGUUGCGAUAUUAACACAGCCAUUCAGCAGCAUUACAGCCUGGAUGAAAUAAAAGUCCUUCGUAACGAGUACCUCUGCCUUGAACCAAAAGUCAUAAGGCAGCUGUUCAAGUCUUGGAUGACAUCAUUUCCCACCUAUCCAACCUUCUCGCCAAACCAGAAUUGUCUGAGGUCAAGUUUGCACUCCUCGUAG